UGCAUGGCAUGCUGGGACAUUCUAAUUCACAGACGCCAGAGAAUGAUAGUGCUUAGAGAAACCAACAGGCACACCAACUACCCCUGAGGAAAAGGUGUGCAGACAAAUCAAGUCCUUGGGGACGCGGCAAAUGCUAGGUGAAUCUAGGAAGAGAUGUCCCAGUGUCUCCUUGCGUCCCACACUUCCAGCUCGUGACAGUCAGAAGGGACUGAGUGCAAUUGCUCCAGCAGGGACAGCACAUACCUUCCUGCAAUUAACUGUUUUCGCACAGUUAGGAAGUUAAUGAACACUUAUUAUUGAAGAGCAGUAGACAUCAAUGAACAAGAAAUUAAUGAAUCUGCAGAAGUUUCAAAUAUCUAUGUCCUAACAGGACACAGCAGAAGACUCAGAGGAUUUUGUGUGCUGCUCUCUGCUUCUUCAGUUAACCUUUGCAGUUUCUAUUGGUUAAUCUUGGUAGAUCCUAGCAGUUACAGGCCCUUCCAAAACAGAACCACAAUGUCUGCAGUUACAUUAAUCUAAUGGAAACCUGUUACUACAUCGGUUCCAACAUAAACAUGCAUGCAAGAGAUCACCCUACAGAUUCUAACUAUAUAGUUAUCGAAACACAUCUCACCUGUCAAGUGGCAUAAAUGUACAUCUUCUAUAUACAAAAGUGAUCCAGAUGGUCCAGUUACAAUGAACUGAGAUUCCUUCACACUAGUGAGGAAACGUGAAAUACAAUCUGCAAACCAACACCAGCAUACAGGGCACUCUCAAAAUGAAUUUCAAAAGACUGGAAAAGACUCCACAGCAGCGAAAGAUUCCUGAAUGGAUGUCUGCGCAGAGUAUAAGAUGUGUCUCAGAAAAAACGAAGCUCAAGACAUCUACUCAGAAGAGUGUUUUUGAAGAUGAUCUCCCUUUCUUAGAAUUCACUGGAUCCAUUGUGUAUAGUUAUGAUGCUAGUGACUGCUCUUUCUUAUCAGAAGAUAUUAGCAUGAGUCUGUCUGAUGGUGACGUGGUAGGAUUCGACAUGGAAUGGCCACCAGUAUAUACUAAAGGGAAACGAAGUAGAGUUGCACUAAUUCAGUUGUGUGUGUCAGAGAGCAAAUGUUACUUGUUUCACAUUUCUUCUAUGUCAGUCUUUCCACAGGGAUUAAAAAUGCUGCUUGAAAAUGAAGCAAUUAAAAAAGCAGGUGUAGGAAUUGAAGGAGAUCAAUGGAAACUCCUGCGUGACUUUGACAUCAAGUUGAAGAGUUUUGUGGAGUUGACAGAUGUUGCUAAUGAAAAGCUGAAAAGCACAGAGACCUGGAGCCUCAAUGGUUUGGUUAAACACCUCUUAGGUAAACAGCUUCUGAAAGACAAGUCUAUCCGCUGCAGCAACUGGAGUGAUUUUCCUCUCACUGAGGACCAGAAGCUCUACGCGGCUACUGACGCUUACGCUGGUCUCAUCCUUUAUCAAAAACUGGAAAUCUUGGGGGAUUCUAUGAUGUUUGCUAUAAAUAAUGGGGAGGAAAUGCUACCUGGUGACGUGAAGAAACAGUUGACUUCCAUCUCGGAGGAGGUGAUGGAUCUGGCUAAGAGGCUCCCCAACAGCUUGAGAAAACUGGAGAAUCCACAGAGGAUUUCUGUACUGUUGAAGGAUAUUUCAGAAAACAUAUGUUCACUGAAGAAGAUGAUAUUCGCUUCAACUAACAUGAGCACAGAACUGAGCCCCAGUGAUACUUUUAACUUACCACCGUUGGAUGACUCAACUACUGGUGCAGACAAGAAGCAAAUUAGAGAACAGAAAACUUGUAAUAAUGAGACAGGGGAUGUAGCACAGGGCAAUCUGAUUAGAUGUGAUGGAGAAGGUGUAUUUGGAAAUAAAAUGAAGCAAGAAGAUAAAUUUGAAGAUGGAAUAAAAGAAAAUAAGUCAAAAGAGAAUAUGGACAGAUUUUGUUUGAUGUCAUUAGAUAUUACAGAACAGGAACUCCAAAUGCUGGAGCAACAGGCUCUGGAGGAAACCAACACAUCUGCUGAGCUUUUAUCUCCUAAGGACAAUGAAAAUGAUUCAUCUUACGUGAUUGAAAGUGAUGAAGACUUAGAAAUGGAGAUGCUUAAGUCCUUAGAAAGCUUAAACAGUGGUGACAUAGAACCAAUCCAUUCUAAAGACUUAGAAAUGAAAAGAAGCUUGGAUCUUCCCAUUGAAGAAGAUGAAGGUGAAAAAGAAGCUCUUGAAGAGGAAGAAGAUGAUGAGGAACAUUUGUUACCAGAGCCCAGUGCAGAGCAAAUUAUUUGCCUCAAGACAUACUUUGGCCAUUUCAGUUUCAAACCAGUACAGUGGAAAGUGAUUCAUUCUGUCUUGGAAGAAAGACGCGAUAAUGUUGUUGUCAUGGCAACUGGGUAUGGAAAGAGUUUAUGUUUCCAGUAUCCACCUGUUUAUGUAGGCAAGAUUGGCAUCGUCAUCUGUCCUCUCAUUUCUUUGAUGGAAGACCAAGUGCUGCAGCUUGAGGUGUCCAACAUUCCAGCCUGUUUCCUUGGAUCAGCACAGUCAAAAAAUGUUCUAGAAGAUAUUAACUUAGGCAAAUACCGCAUUGUAUAUAUGACUCCAGAAUUUUGUGCGGGUAACUUGGACCUACUACAAAAACUUGAUGCAAGCAUUGGCAUCACGCUCAUUGCCGUGGAUGAGGCCCACUGUAUUUCUGAGUGGGGGCAUGAUUUUAGAAGUUCGUUCAGGAGGUUGGGCUCCCUAAAGAGAGCACUCCCGCUGGUUCCAAUUGUUGCACUUACUGCUACUGCAAGUUCUUCAGUCCGGGAAGACAUUGUGCGUUGCUUAAGAUUGAACAAUCCUCAGGUUACCUGUACGAGUUUUGAUCGACCAAACCUGUAUUUAGAAGUUGGGCAAAAAACAGGGAAUAUCCUUCAGGACCUAAAGCAGUUUCUUGUCCAAAAGACCAGUUGUGACUGGGAAUUUGAAGGUCCAACCGUCAUCUACUGUCCUUCCAGGAAAAUGACAGAACAAGUCACAACUGAGCUUCAGAAACUGAAUAUAGCCUGUGAAACAUACCAUGCAGGCAUGAGCAAUAGAAAGAGGAAAGAAGUCCACCAUAGUUUCAUGAGAGACGAAAUUCAGUGUGUCAUAGCUACCAUUGCUUUUGGAAUGGGCAUUAAUAAAGCUGAUAUUCGCAAAGUCAUUCAUUACGGUACUCCCAAGGAAAUGGAAUCCUAUUACCAGGAAAUUGGUAGAGCUGGCCGGGAUGGACUUCAGAGUUCUUGUCACCUGCUGUAUGCCGCGGGAGACAUGAACUUGAAUAGGCACCUGCUUAUGGAGAUACGUGAUGAGAAGUUUAGAUUAUACAAAUUACAGAUGUUGGCGAAGAUGGAAAAAUACCUUCAUUCCAGCAGAUGUAGGCGUCAGAUUAUCUUGUCUCAUUUUGAGGACAAGCAGCUGCGAAGAGCAUCGUUUGGUAUAAUGGGAAGUGAAAAGUGCUGUGAUAACUGCAGAUCCAGAUUGGGAGAUUGUCAUUCCGUUGAUGACUCGGAUGAUACCUCACAGGACUUGGGUCCACAAGCAUUCCAGCUAUUAUCUGCUGUGUCCAUCCUAGGGCAAAGAUUUGGAAUCGGAGUCCCAAUUUUAUUUCUCCGAGGAUCUAAUUCUCAGCGUGUGGCAGAUAAAUACCGUGGACAUCGUUUCUUUGGCAUUGGCAAGGAUCAGACAGAGAGUUGGUGGAAGGCUUUUUCCCAUCAGCUUAUCAAUGAGGGAUUCUUGGUAGAAGUUCCUGGCUCUAGCAAAUUUAUCAAUAUUUGCACCCUCACAGAAAAGGGCAGAGUCUGGCUUGAUCACGCCAAGGCGGAAUCUCCUCAGAGGCUUGUCCUUCCUGUCACUGAAAAGCUGUGUCCCAGGACGUGUCACCUGCCAAGUUCUAAAGCUGUGUCUUCAGGCCAUGAACAACAAUCCUCUGAUCGAGUGCCAAUUGAACAGACGACAGAGGUUUGUUUUAAAGAGUAUAACUUGGAGAAGAAGUAUUCUUACAAAGCAGCGGAUAAAAUCUCUUCUGGGAGCAGUGUUCCUCCAAAGAGAAUCAUGAUGCAGUCACCAGGAAAAUCUUCCAGUUGCUCGGAACCUGUUACUUCAGCCCAGGAGCAGGAGGCUCAGACUGUAUUAUAUCGCAAAUUGGUGGAAGCAAGACAGAAACAUGCCAAUCAAAGGGAUGUUCCUCCAGCUAUUCUGGCAACAAAUAAGAUACUAAUAGAUAUGGCCAAAAUGAGACCAACUACAGUUGAAAAUGUAAAAAGGAUCGAUGGUGUUUCUGAAGGCAAAGCGGCUAUGUUGGUGCCUCUGCUGGAAGUCAUCAGACAUUACUGCCAAGCAAAUGGUGUUCAGACAAACCUCUUUCUGAAUGCAAAACCUCAGGAAGAACAGAAGGAAAGCCUGAUAGUGAAAGAUAAAAAAUGCUCGCUUUCCCAGUCUGUGGCCAUUACUUACUCCUUAUUCCAGGAAAAGAAGAUGUCUGUGGAGAAUGUAGCUGAGAACAGGAUUCUGCCUCUCACAUCAGUUGGGAUGCACUUGUCCCAAACCAUGAGAGCUGGCUGCCCUCUGGACCUGGAGCGGGCAGGCCUGACCCCAGAGGUUCAGAAGAUUAUUGCAGAUGUUAUCCGAAACCCUCCCGUCAACUCAGAUACGAGUAAAAUGAAGUUGAUUAGAAUGCUAGUUCCUAAGAACAUUGCCACACACCUUAUCCACAUGGCAAUUGAGAUCCUUGAAAAUGACCACAACAGCAGAGCAGCAGGCCAGGAAACUCCAUGUGAUUCCAACAAAAAGAGAUGCUUCCCCUACUCUGCAGAGACCCGUGCAAAUUCGAAGAGGAGCAGGGAAGAUGUACUGACUAAUACCGAGGUUGAUGAAAAACAUCCUGAUAAUUUGUCCCUGAAAAGUGAAAGCCACAGGAAUUCAGUCAGACCCACAUCUUGGACUCAGCCAUCCCAUAAUACAGAAAUGGAAGAUUUAUUUGCAGAUUCUCAUAUACAGGAGCCAGGAACUCAAGCCAGGCCUCCCAGGUGGGUGGCUGGGACCCAGUUACCGAAACCUUCACCACUGCCACCCAAGGACUGCAUGAGCAGGAAACUGGAGCCAGGAGCCAGGGAUGGGCAUGGAACCCAGACUUCAUCUGAAAUUUCCAAGAGAGUAUUACCUGGUUGGUUUACCAAAUCCCCACCUGAUGCCAGCAAGAAACCUGUGGCCAAAGCGAAAAAGGAAGGUCUUUUUAGUUAAGGUGGAAAUUUCCAGAACAAGCCUACUUGUAAGAGAAGAACUGUAUUUCAUUUCUUAAAACAGUGAGGGAUAGUGGUUAGCUCAGAAAGUAUUCUAAUGCCAAAUGGAAAGACUGUCAUUCUACAUCAGCAGUUCACAUGAAGUGUUGGCUCAGCUUUCUGUGUUGGAUCUUUUGAGAAGAGUGAUCAGUAUGGCAUAGAAUAUUAAAGUAGGUUUUCUUUCAGCUCUCUAGGAACUAUUAUUGUCCUGUUUUCUAGUAUCUUUACUUAUUGCAAUAUAUGUAUACAUAUAU